AUGGAGGGGGGCGCUUUGUGCAAAGGCCCCAAGGAUAAAGCAAGAUCGGCCUGGGUUUCAGACGGCCCUGCUUGCUGCGUCGGGCUGGCAGUCUUCUCUGGCUUGCUUCCUCCGCCUCUGUUUUCUUGGCCACACGUGGCCAGUCCCAAAUUGACAGGGAAAAACACAGCUCUCCAAAUUAUCUGGGUUAUUAUGGAGGUUGGGACAGAUCCCAAACAGGCUUCAGCUGCUGUAGACGCCGACCCGCUGCAGCCCCUCUCAACCUUCCUGCUCCCCCUUCACGCGCGUUUGCCGACUGUACACCGCAUUUUCCUCGGGCUUCUCCCAGCUGCUCCACAGCACAAGCAGCUCGGCAAGGCCAGAGCCGCUGGGUUUCAGGGCAGGCAGGCCUCCCGCUGGAAGGCAAGGGCAGGGCCGGGCCGGGCGGGCCUGCCGGGCCACGGAGCGAGACAGGUGGGGAGGAGCUCGGAGGGCCGCGGGGAGGCGGCUGGGAGGGGCGGCAGUGGACGCUCCAGCAGCACGGGCCGGAAGAUUUCAGCAGCGCCGCGUCCCGGCGGCCUCAAGGCCCAGCGUUCGCGUGCCGAGUACUUGGCGGGAAACCAGGAACCGUCUCCGGUCUCGGCGCGCGCCAGGACGAGUCAGCGCUUUCCCGCGCGGGCCUGGGCCGAGGCUCCGUUCACUGACGGGCUCACCAACGCCCCCGCGGCUGCUCGGGUGUGCUUCCCACCCUUCUCUAGCGGUCAGGAACUGCACGACUGCGAAGUGCGUUUCAGGAGCCCGGCUCCCACUCGGCGCGCGCCGGGGCUGGUCUGCUCGCCGACGGCUGACGGGAAGGAACGCAACCGUUU